AUGCAAGCAACGACAAAUCCAGGAACAUUAAUUGAUAUCGAAGUAAGAGACGAUGACUCCUUUUUGUAUGUAUUUACUGCUUUAAAUGCCUCGAUUAAAGGUUGGCAGCACUACAGCCCCGUUAUGAUUAUUGACGGAACGUUCUUGAAAGCGGCAUAUGGUGGCACCCUUCUAGUUGCAACAGCCCAAGAUGCCGCAGGAAAGCUUUUUCCUUUAGCUUUUGCUAUUGUUGAUUUUGAAAAUGACAAGUCAUGGGAGUAUUUUUUCACACAAAUAAGAAAUGCAUUUGGUUUGCGAGAAGGUAUGUGCAUUGUAUCAGAUAGGCAUCUGAGCAUUGAUAAAGUUGCAGAAAAGAUUUAUCCAGAAGCUACACAUUGUUUGUGCAUGUUUCACCUUCUCAAUAACAUCAAAGUAAAUUUCAAGAGAAAUGCCAAAAAGGUUAAAGUUCCAUUUUUUGCAGCCGCAAAAGCAUAUACAGAGAAUGAUUUCAAUUAUCACAUGAAGGAGCUAGAUGAACUAGAUGAACGAAUCAGGCCGUAUCUUGAAGGUAUCGGUAAUAAAAGAUGGUCUAGGAACAUAGCCCACAAUACAAUUACAAGGAUGAUGAAAAAACAUGAAGAUGUGCUCGCACAAAGUUAUGUAAAUUCACUCAAGUUACAGCUGUGUAUUUCUGUAAAACCAUCUUCAAAUGAAUUGUUCACAGUGAUGCAUAACGGGAAAAAAUACACGGUAGACUUGAAGAAGAGAACUUGCACUUGCAAAAGAUUUGAUAUAGAUGAAAUUCCAUGCCAACAUGCAGUGGUGAUUCUCAAUGAAAUGAACCGGGAACCCUAUGAUUUUUGUUCAAGGUACUACAUGAAAGAAGCUAUGCUAUCAACAUAUAGUGAGAUGAUGUUUCCGAUAGAAAAACAAGAUGAAUGGAUUAUACCAUAA